CCCAUCUCUCUCCGAUGCACCAACUCUCAACAGAAAUCCUUCCAAUCAAUCCUCCAUUUCAAUGGCUACUCCUAUUGCUUCUUCUUCCUCUUCUUCUUCAACCAAACCCUUCUUUACACCUCUCUUUUCCUCCUCACCUUCACCUUCUUCCUCACGACCAUCUUCCCUCCUUUCCUUCCACCAACACCCCACCUCCACGCCCACCUCCCUCAAGCUCUCCCAUUCUCACCGUAAUUCUCAUUCAUUAUCCGUCGCAAACGCCCUGAAAACUGAAGAGGUCAUCUCCUUGUCCAACUUCGAGAAUCUUGAAGAUUUGAUUUCGGAAGACAGGCCUUCCAUCCUGGUCUCCGAGAAGCUUGGAGACGCCGGUCUUCAGGUUUUGAGUGGCUUCGGGAAAGUUGAAUGUUGCUACGAUCUUUCUCCUGAGGAGCUUUGCGCUAGGAUCUCGAAAUUUGAUUCGCUAAUUGUGAGGAGUGGCACCAAGGUUACCCGGCAGGUUUUUGAGGCCGCCAAGGGGAGGUUGAAGGUGGUCGGCCGAGCUGGUGUUGGCAUUGACAAUGUGGAUCUCCAUGCCGCCACGGAGUUCGGGUGCCUGGUGGUUAACGCCCCCACCGCCAACACGGUGGCCGCCGCUGAACAUGGCAUCGCGUUGCUUGCUGCCAUGGCCAGAAAUGUUGCUCAGGCUGAUGCUUCCAUGAAAUCUGGAAAAUGGCAGAGGAACAAAUAUGUGGGAGUAUCACUGGUUGGAAAGACAUUGGCAGUGAUGGGAUUUGGGAAAGUUGGGUCAGAAGUUGCAAGACGUGCAAAGGGUUUGGGCAUGAAUGUUAUUGCUCAUGAUCCAUAUUGCCCAGCUGACAGAGCCCGUGCCAUUGGUGUUGAUUUGGUCUCUUUUGAUCAGGCUCUUGCUACUGCAGAUUUCAUCUCCCUCCAUAUGCCUCUCACUCCCACCACUGCUAAGAUUUUCAAUGACCAAACUUUUGCUAAAAUGAAGAAGGGUGUUCGCAUCGUUAAUGUCGCCAGAGGUGGAGUUAUCGAUGAAGAUGCAUUAGUCAGAGCUCUUGAUAAUGGAACAGUUGCUCAGGCUGCGCUCGACGUGUUCUGUCAAGAACCACCAGCAAAAGACAGUAAGCUAGUGCAACAUGAGAAUGUUACUGUCACACCUCAUCUUGGAGCUAGCACCAAGGAAGCACAGGAAGGAGUAGCUAUUGAAAUAGCAGAGGCUGUUGUUGGAGCGUUGAACGGGGAGCUUUCUGCUACUGCUGUUAAUGCUCCAAUGGUUCCUGCUGAAGUCUUGUCAGAGUUGGCUCCUUAUGUUGUGCUAGCUGAGAAGCUUGGUAGGUUAGCUGUGCAGUUGGUCUCUGGUGGGAGUGGAAUCAAAUCUGUGAAGGUGACUUAUCGAUCAUCUCGAAACCCAGAUGACUUGGACACGAGAAUUCUCCGAGCCAUGAUCACAAAAGGCAUCAUUGAACCGAUAUCAUCCUCAUUUAUCAAUCUGGUAAAUGCAGAUUUCACAGCUAAACAGAAAGGCCUCCGCAUUAGUGAAGAACGCGUGGUCGUGGACUCAUCCCCAGAGGUCCCCAUCGAUUCAAUCCAGCUGCAUGUAUCCAGUGUUGAUUCUAAGUUUGCUAGCUCUAUUUCAGACAAUGGAGAUAUAAGCGUUGAGGGUAAAGUGAAAUAUGGGGUACCUCACUUGACAUGUGUCGGAGCAUUUGCCGUGGAUGUGAGCCUGGAAGGGAACCUAAUUCUGUGCAGGCAGGUGGAUCAACCGGGCAUGAUUGGCAAGGUUGGUAACAUACUUGCAAAGCACAAUGUGAAUGUCAACUUCAUGAGUGUAGGGAGAACUUACAGGAGAAAACAAGCUGUCAUGGCAAUCGGCAUCGAUGAAGAACCGAACAAGGAGGCUCUCAACGAAAUAGGGGAUGUGCCUGCCAUUGAAGAGUUUGUGUUCCUUGAAUUAUAGAUAAAGACAUCUAGGAACAUGUUUACCUACUGGUUAUGCAAUAAGUAACCAGAUAAUAUGGCUGCCUGCCAACAGAAGAGAAAAAAUAUGAAAGGAAAUAAAUGGUAGUAGUAUCUAUAUCUAUGGUGAGUUGGUGCCAUUUUGAUUUCUUUCAAGUCAAAACUGUUGUUGUAGUAGUAUUAGUAGUAAUAAUUGAUUUUUUAUUUUUAUUUUUUAGUGGUGGUGGUUGUAACAGGAGUAGUUCUAAGUUUUAAUAAAGGUGUGCAUGACUGAAGUCCUUUCCAUAUCCUAGUAAAUGGAAAAUGAAAAGAUUUCCAGUUUGUAAUAGUGUUAUUUCUUAGAAGUGCUUAUAAGCAAUUAGUAUUAUGUUUAAUGGUUA